CAAAGUUGUCACAAAACCAUAUACAAGGAGACAUCGCCACAAGUCCAAAUCAAGCCACAAGAUGCAGAGGUUACAGAUUGCUUCCCGACCAUCCGAAGAGUUUCUGAUUAACCUCUUGCCUGAUUCUUCAAGCUCCGACGAUCUCGUGGUCUAUGACGUCGCCAAGAAGGACCUGAUGCUUAACAACAGUUACAAGUCUGGUAACGGAGAGAGAGCUAUUCACAUAAUCCCUCUUGUUCUCUUUUUAUGUGCUUUUGUUCUUUGGGCCUUCUCAAGUGUUCCUACCACUAAUAACAUGCAUGCAAACGUAAAGGAAUGACACCAUCGUUAAUUUGUGAUCACUGUAAUAACGUAACGAUAUCUACAGGAUUCUGGCCCUUUCAAAGGCGG